AUGUCUUCCGCCAAACAACUACUCUCACUUAGUCAACAGUUCGCUAAUAUCCACCUGAUUUUCCUCAGAGGACUCAAUUUUACCAAAAAUGUCUUCGCAUUGGCCAAGGCAGCCUUCCGGCUUAUAUAUCACCUGUCACUGAAACCCUUCAUCAAGACAGGUGAGUUCUUGUUGUGGUCCCCAACGUCCAUUAUUUUACGAAACCUAAUGAGCUUGGUUCUUCUACCCUCCAACAUAUUGCUCGUUCUCUUUUACAAUACCACCAUAAGUGACCUUGCCAAGAUUAAUGUCCAUAUGACCACAGUGACAAUAAUGUUGUGUCUGCAAUAUUUCAUUACGAUGGUGAUCGUUGGUCUGCUGUGCGGAGUUUACUGUGGAAUGGCACUGGGGUUUAUUCACAGGUUUAUUAGAAUCCCCGAUAAGCACAUUGACAUUCUCAGAAUUGCCAAACGCUGGUUUAUUCCUGAAACGACGUUCGUUUCUGAAAGCCCAAGAGUUGUACCUUCAUCUUGGGAGUCCGGCCAUGUACAAUCACCUUCAAAUAUUACACAUACUGCCCGAACGAACUCGUCGUCUCGAAGAAUUUCGCGAUCUUCUGUAAGUGGCAUCUCACGGGUGGCAUCCAAGUUGCCUCAUGAUUUCUUCCAGGUGAAGGGGCCAAUGACGCCCCUAGGGAGGUCCCCAAAUACCAGGUACGAUACCUCGAGGCUGUCGCCUUUGAGUCCAGAAGUAGGGGAGGAAUCAACAUCAAUCUCUUCUAAUAUAUGGGAUACCACAGAAGGGCUACCAGAGACCUUUAUAACGGAAGCAACGAUCAGAGGCAGUGAAAUCCCUCGUUCAGCGUAUGCUACAGGCGCUGAGUUCAGCAAGUAUGCUCGUACGAAAGAUUUGAAAUUGCGGGAAGGCGACAUCGAGGCUCACGCUUGA